AUGCUGAGCUCAGUGUGCGUCUCCUCUUUCCGCGGGCGCAAGUCUGGGAACAAGCCGCCGUCCAAGUCAUGUUUGAAAGGGGAGAUGGGCCGGAACGAAGACAACGACAAGAUAGUCAUCAACGUCGGGGGCAUCAGGCAUGAGACGUACCGCAGCACCCUCAAGACCCUGCCGGGGACGCGGCUGUCGUGGCUCACCGAGCCGGACGCCUGCAGCAACUUCGACUACGACCCCAAGGCCGACGAGUUCUUUUUCGACCGGCACCCGCAGGUCUUCGCCUACGUCCUCAACUACUACCGCACUGGCAAGCUCCACUGCCCGGCCGACGUCUGCGGUCCCCUCUUCGAGGAGGAGCUGGCCUUCUGGGGCAUCGACGAGACUGACGUGGAAGCCUGCUGCUGGAUGAACUACCGCCAGCACCGCGACGCCGAGGAGGCCCUCGACAGCUUCGAGACGCCGGAGAGCCAGGACGAUGAGGACAACGGCGACCUCAAACGCCUCUGCCUCCAGGAAGACGGGCGCAAGCUGGGCUGGUGGGCCUGCUGGCAGCCCAAGGUCUGGGCCCUCUUCGAAGACCCCUACUCCUCCAAGAUGGCCAGGUAUGUGGCCUUUGCCUCACUUUUCUUCAUCCUCAUCUCCAUCACCACUUUCUGCCUGGAGACCCACGAGACUUUCAACCACAUCAAAAACAAGACAGAUGCUGUACUGUCGGAGAAUGGAACCAGCAUAAAGGUGGACUAUGAGAUAGAGACGGAGCCCUUCCUCACCUAUGUGGAAGGGAUGUGUGUCAUCUGGUUUACUUUUGAGUUCCUCAUUCGUGUCAUCUUUUGCCCAGACAAGCUGGAGUUCAUCAAGAGCACCCUCAACAUCAUCGACUUUGUCGCCAUCCUGCCCUUCUACCUGGAGGUGGGCCUCAGUGGCCUCUCGUCCAAAGCAGCCAAGGAUGUGCUGGGCUUCCUGAGGGUAGUAAGGUUUGUCCGGAUCCUAAGGAUCUUCAAGCUGACGAGGCAUUUCGUAGGGCUGAGAGUCCUAGGCCACACUUUGAGGGCCAGUACCAAUGAGUUCUUGCUCCUCAUCAUCUUCUUGGCCCUGGGGGUCUUGAUCUUUGCCACCAUGAUCUACUACGCUGAAAGGAUCGGGGCUGACCCAGAUGACAUCACAGGCAGCAAUCACACCGUCUUUAAGAACAUCCCCAUUGGGUUCUGGUGGGCGGUGGUGACCAUGACGACUUUGGGCUAUGGUGACAUGUAUCCCAAGACCUGGUCAGGCAUGUUGGUGGGAGCAUUGUGCGCCUUGGCUGGUGUGUUGACCAUCGCCAUGCCUGUGCCAGUUAUCGUCAACAACUUUGGCAUGUAUUAUUCGCUGGCCAUGGCCAAGCAGAAACUACCAAAGAAAAGGAACAAGCACAUCCCUAGAGCCCCCCAGCCUGGGUCACCUAACUACUGCAAACCGGACAUGCUGUCUCCACAUCGCAGCAACCAGGGCGACUCGUGCCCCCUUGCUCAAGAGGAGAUAAUCGAGAUCAACAGGGCAGAUUCCAAGCAGAAUGGUGAUGCAGCAAAUGCAGCACUGGCCAAUGAGGACUGCCCUACCAUAGACCAGGCCCUGUCACCUGAGGAGAAGUCUCCUGUCACACUGGGUGGUCGGGAGCGCUACAACCGUGACCGAGCCUGCUUUCUCCUCUCCACAGGUGACUUUGGGCAGUCGCCUGAUGGCAACAUCCGAAAAGGUACAUACAUCUAUGAGAAGUCUCACAGCCUGAAUAGCAUUGCUGGACUGCACUUGUCUCCGGCGCCCACUCCCUUCGGCUCGCCUGGUUCCGUCCGACGUCCCCACUCGCCCAUCCCUUCCAUCCUAUAG